UAUUACCUUAAUUUAAAAACAGAAAUAGUUAAUUAUUUCUGAGGUGAUAUAUUUUAGUAGUGCACGAAGAAAGUUAAGAGAAGUGUUCGAAUAUGUUGAGAUAUAUAAUUAUUUCGCUCGCGUUCUGUGCUGUUCUACAAAUACAAUUAACGGCGGCAAGCGCUCCGAGCGGUAGCAAUGUGAGCUUCGAACUGGAUGGACGCAUAAUCAAUGGCACCGUGGCGAGUUUUAAUGAAACCAAACAUCAAGUCUCAAUACGUCGGCGUCUCAACGAUGGAUACUACUUUGGCACCGGUCAUCUCUGCGGUGGUUCGUUGAUUAAUUCGAAUGUGGUGCUCUCGGCGGCGCAUUGCUUCGUGAAUUACGAUAUCAAUAACGGCACAUUCCGCGCGCCUGAGGACUUCAUUGUGGUGAUGGGCAAUCUGGAUCGUUACGAACGCAACAACUACACGCUCGUCUUCGAUAUUGAGAAAAUCGUCUACAAUGUGAGCACUUUCAAUCUGAGCACGUAUGAGUCGGACAUCGCUUUGGCAUUUCUGAACGAUUCUGUGCCAGCGAAUUACACCAGAGCUCAACCAAUUCAACUCAAUACCGAAGAGGUGCCCGAUCAAACAGUUUGCCAAGUGACCGGUUGGGGUCAAACUGAAGAAGGCUACUUAUCGGAUGUUUUGCUGACUGUUGACGUGCCGAUUAUUAACGACACCGCCUGUGCCAAUGACAUGAACUUUAGCGCCGGCCUCAUCCGUGUGGGUAUGCUGUGUGCGGGCUAUCCGCAAGGUGAGCGUGAUGCUUGCGGCGGGGAUUCUGGUGGUCCACUUGUGUGCAACAGCAGUUUGGCCGGUAUUGUAUCGUGGGGCAUUGGUUGUGCACAACCCGAUCUACCAGGUGUUUACACGAAUGUUUCCUAUUGGUCGAAGUGGAUCGACGAGCAAAUAAGUGGCAAUAGUGGUAAUAGUAGUGAUAGUGGUGAUGGUGGUGAUAGUGGUGAUGGUACUAAUACAGCGAGCAGCAGUCAUGUAUCCGGUCUUAUCGCUUUCCUGACAGUAUUUUUUGCUUUGACGCUGAAUAGAUAAAUGCUGAUAAUUUCAGUGUCAAUCAAGUUCACAAUUAAUCAGCUUCAUAAAUAUCAAAACACAAUUUUAAUGUCAAUUAAAUACUUAAGUUUAUAUAACUCGCAUAAUAAAUAAGAAGACCGUUAUUUUUACAAUGUA